GAAAUCACUCGGGCAAUAACCGAGUUCAUAGCCAAAGAUAUGAUGCCUCUCAGCACGGUGACCAAGCCUGGAUUCGUGGCAUUGACAUAUACGCUUGAUAAACGGUACAAUAUACCCUCCCGUACAUACUUCAGUCAGACUGCCAUACCGGAGCUGUACAAAAAGUGUAAAGAGAAAGUCGCCGCGGAGGUUAAAACGGUGGAGUUUUUUGCUAGCACUACAGAUAUGUGGUCAAGCCGCACAGCUGAGCCUUACCAGAGUCUUACAGUCCAUUUUAUUGAUGAAGAUUUCAACCUCAGAGCUCGCUGCCUACAAACUACCUACUUCCCAGACGACCACACAGGGGAAAAUAUUGCAGCCGGCCUGAGAGAAGGGCUUGCCAGCUGGGAUCUCCACGAGGAGAAUCACGUCUGCAUCACGACGGACAACGCGUCAAAUAUGGUUCUGGCUGCGCGGCUUAAUGAAUGGACGAGGCUCCAGUGUUUUGGGCACAGAUUACAUCUUGCCAUUGAAAAUGCACUCAAAGAUGACAGAGUGUCAAGGGCAACAGCACUGUGCAGGAAGCUGGUGGGACACUUUUCCCACAGUUGGAAGAAGAAGGCAGCACUGAUGGAGGCACAGAGGGAGCUCAAACUCCCUGAGCACAACCUCAUAACGGAGUGCCCAACAAGAUGGGGAUCUAAAGAAAUGAUGAUUGCUAGAGUGCUUGAACAGGCCAAAGCCAUUUCUCAGGUAUUGUCUGGAGAUCGAUAUGCACGCUCCCUCAUCCCAACCUGGCAAGAUAUUGAUGUGUUGGAGUCGAUUCACAAGGCACUGCAUCCUCUACUGGAAUUUACUGAUGCUCUUUCUGGAGAGGAGUAUGUGAGCAUCUCCUACCUCAAGCCAGUUCUUCACCUUUUUGCCACAUCAGUCCUGGCUGAAGAUGCUGAGGACACUGACCUGACUAAAUCAAUAAAAACCAAAGUCCUAGCAUACCUCAAUAAUAAAUAUGGAGACCCAAACAUCCAGGAGCUUUUGGAUGUUGCCUGUUUCCUGGACCCUAGGUUCAAAAUACAGUACAUCAGUACUGACAACAUCCCUGCUAUCAAGACCCGACUGAAGACAGAGAUGGUAGACUUAGCACAGCGUACAUAUCAUCGGGAGAAGAGGUCUCGUACUGAAACUGUUCAGAUGCCUCAAAGUGCACAGCCCUUGGGGGAAAAGGCGAAGAGGUCUCUUGGCAGUUUUUUCAAGACCAGUGCAGCCUCUCCUUCUUUGCCUGUUGAAGAUGUCGCAGAGGCAGAGUUAAACAAUUACCUGAUGACUCCUACCAUUGAUGGAGAAGAUGAUCCCUUGGCUUGGUGGAGGGUGCACAAGAUCAGCUACCCACAGUUGUGCAUCAUGGCCCGCAAGUAUCUUUGUGUACCUGCCACAAGCGCUCCCUCAGAGCGUCUUUUUAGCACAGGAGGGAAUAUUGUGACUUGCACUCGCUCAUCCUUGAAGCCAGCAAAAGUCAAUAUUCUGGUUUUCUUAGCAAAAAACCUGUGAGCCACUGAGAACAAAACUGUUGGAUCAUUAUAGCUGGCAGUGCCAUACUCGUAGUGAACUUUAGUCUGUGUGGUGUGUUAUUGUUGUGUACUUGAUAAGUGAGGUUGAUCUAUUCCAAAUUAUAAUAUUCAAAUAGUUUUUGUCUAAUUUAAAAGUGCAUUUCUCCAUUUUUUUAUUUAUAACUUUAUUUAUUUUGAUUUUACUAAAUAUUUUCAAAGCAAAUGCUGUUGCAGUUGUGUGAAAUGUUACUGACUUUGGAGCAGUAAGAUAAUUAUUAUUUUUAAUUAUUUUUUUCUUCAGACUGUAAAUUUUGCACACAGUGUUU